AUGGGACAAGGCGAAGAAGUAUUGAAGACCAAAACUGAGGAUGCCCAAGUAGAAAUCCAGGUACGGGGGAUGAUAUUUUUCUUUUACAGGAAGGUGAACAAAGAAGAAGCUCACAGUUCAGAUGAUGUGCAGCGCUUGUACAUUGUUUUGAGGGCAGGGUCUGGUGAGGGGGCGAUUGAAGAGAAGCAAGACCCGGCUUCAGGAAAGGAAGGGGCAAAGAGGAAGGGGUCAGAUUCUGGGGAUGAAGGAGGUUCUGGUGGUAGUGAAAGUGAAGGUGGACAUGGGAAGCAGGAGGUGAACAUUGAGAAGUAACCAUUGCUGAGGUUCAUAGAGAUGGGAAGGAAAAGCCUUCCUGAUCCAAGCAAGAAAAGGAGACCGUAUUGGGGUUUUGUGGAGUUGGUCAUAACAAAAAUAGAUGAUGUCAAGUCUUCCCUUCAAGGAGAGGAGCAUGAUAAAACCAGAGGCCACAGACAUACAUCAGCAGCAAGGGCACUUGGAGAGGGCAUUUAUCGUAUCUUAAGGCAUAAAGAGGGGAGGAAGAAACCGCACACUCAUUUGAUCUACAAGCUUGAGUUUCCACCUGAAGAGGAGUACAAUGAGCCUCAGGAAUCACUAAACAUCAAGCAUGAAGGCUCAUUUCAUAUCCAAAUAAAGAAUCCAGAGCAGCAUGGCAGCAGUACUUCACAGUUCAAAGGGCUGCAGAGCAAACACAAAGCAGUGUUUCCUGCUCACUUACAAGGCCAGUUUGGGAAGCUACGGUUUCACCCGGCUGAUCCACCUGACUUCUUGAACUACGAGGGAUGUGAAUUAUUGCUCAUAUCGGCUUCAGAUCAGAUAGUAUCUAAACUGGGGUUAGAGCUUCAGACCGAGGUGGUGGGAGCUGAUGAGUCUUGUUCUGAUCUGAUCAAGACUUUAGGAGAGACUGCAACUACUGCCCCUCUUCUCAAAGGCACUUGGGUUUGAAAACCCACUGUCUGGGUGCCCAGGGGCAGAUCUAGCCCUUUUUAGGGAGGCUCAAGCAUCUCCAAACCCAAAAGCUUUCAAGAAAAUUUA